UGGUACACUUCUCAUUGAGUCCGCGUUGAGGGAGGCACGGUUUUCCACACUUGUCGCGCGCGCGGUACCAGCGAAGAACUACGGUCCGGUCUUUGCAAACAACUUCGGUUCAGUAGUCGCUGGUGUGUCGUCGUGGAACGACGUGUCUCUGUGUCUGUGUCGAGUUCCGCCGAGGACUGAGAUUUUGGUUGGGAUUUCGUGAUUUCGUAUACAGAGCGAGUGAAGCCUUUGAGCUAUUGGCACAAAGUGUGUGUCGUCCAAGAGUGUGUAUUUUUUUCGAGUAAUCAGCAAAGAACGUAUAGCAAGAAGAAUCCAGAGUGUGCUGGUGACUGUUCCGGGAUCGCGAGAACAUCAUCCCACAAAAAAAAUAAUAAAGCAAAAGGCGAGGAAUCAUCUCGCCCGCGAGUGUGUAAUAUUUUCACGAGAACCGGUUUGUCGAGAAGCCGGAAUUGAACGUGAAGAGACCGGGUGAGCUGUAGCAGAGUCAAAACCUACACAACAAGGAAAUCGCGCGCGGUCGCGAAUUGAUGAGAUUUUAGGGAUCCGCACACAUCGGUUUGUUGUCGAGAUCCAAUAAAGAUCAUAGAAUUCGCGAACAUCAAGACGCGCGACAACUCGAGAGUGACAAAACCAAGUGAAGAAACGCGGAAACAGAACGUAAACGCAAGGAGACAGUGAAGAAGAACCAGCAACAAAAAAGGUGUACGGUACAGUAGUACACAGAGUGAAGUGCAUGUGCGUGGCCUAUCGAGCCCGGAAGAACAAACAGGUGAAACACGAAGUCGACGACGGCGAAGAGUCGCGUCCACUCGGUAAUUGAGCGAAGGUGUUGAGUACGAGCACGCACACGUGGGGUGCAGCAACAGCUGGUCCAACACACCAACGGAAACCAGCGGGGUCUAUAUGACUAAUCAGCGCCGAUAACAUAACUCUUCCGAUGCUGGUUUUUCCGGCUUGACGACGCUGAAGUGCAAACUUGUGCGGAAAACAAACUUGUGUAAACAUUCACUGGGUGUACCAGGAGAAGAGUUGGAGCCGAUCCAGUAAAAGAGCCGGAAAAUGACAUGUAAAGUAACUGUGUAGCAAAGACUGACACACACGCUUAGGAAAACCCCGUCAAAACGUCGCCAUUGAAGUGCAAGUCUCGCGACGUACCAGGAUUAUCCGGACACCGACCCUUGAAGGGCUCUAGAAGUAACAUCAACGCGACCAAAAAUACACACACAAUGAAGCUGUUACCGAUUCCGUUGUCCCCGUUGAACCCACCGGCACCGCUCGGUAUCUGGGGUUCGGAUCUGCUGUGGCGGUACCCGCCGGCACCUCCCAGCCCGUUGGCAGACCUUAAGACCCAGCUGCCGCCACAACUCAACACAGAUCCUCGGAUUUGGGGUCGCGAGGAGGUUGCGGUAUUUCUGCGCUUCUGCGAGCGCGAGUUUGAUCUGCCCAAGUUCGAUCUGGACCUGUUCCAGAUGAACGGUAAGGCGCUGUGCGUACUCACAAAGAAUGACCUGGCCGAGCGUAGCCCGGGAGCCGGUGACGUACUGCACAACGUGCUCCAGAUGCUGGUGCGCGACGCCCAGUCGCUGCAUCGUCACUUGCCGAGCAGUCCGGUCACUCCGACGAGCCGGUACCCACUGUCACCUCACAGCCAUCCACCAACGCCCAACUGGAGUGCUCUGGCACCUCCGGACAGUCCCUUCUUCCACAACUCCCACCUGCAACAGUUUAUGGCUGCGUCCAACUCGGUAACGCUCAGCCCGGCUCCAUCCAUCGAUUCCCAAGCUGGAAGUCCACCGCAAAGCCACCAAGAACAGCUGCAGAACGUGUUCCAGAAGUCAUCCAGCAGCAGCAGUAGUCACACCCAGAACAGCACAUCCGGUGGCAGCAGCAACCAGUCUGAUUCGGACGAGGACAAUUCAACCGCCGGAUAUCACCACCCACUUCCACUGUCCCAUCCGGACAGCAAGCUUCCGUUGCUCAACCCCAGCAACCAGAGCCCUCCGUUGACGCCCAUCUCCAAGGAGACCCAACACCUUGGCCAGCUGCAGCUGCUCGACACCAAGACUCUGCAGUACCCGGUUUCGGCCCUGCUGAACAACAGCAGCAAUGCCAACACCAUCAGCAGCUCGCCCAGCGCCGGUGACCGAUCAAGCAACGGAAACUCGUCCAACGGAUCGUCCAGUCACUCGCUGAACCUGAAGUCGCCGACCCUAUCGCCACCGUCUAGUGCAUCACCCAACGGCUCCUCGUCGGCACCGACCACUCCGGGAGCUUUUCUUCCCGUCAAGCGGGAGUUUUUCCCCGACGGCCCGGAACCCAACACAAAUGGCCGCCUCCUGUGGGACUUUUUGCAGCAACUGCUGAACGAUCCGGCCCAGCGCUACAGCAGCUACAUCGCGUGGAAGUGCCGCGACACGGGCGUCUUCAAGAUCGUCGACCCGGCUGGACUGGCCAAGCUGUGGGGCAAGCAGAAGAACCACCUGUCGAUGAACUACGACAAGAUGUCGCGGGCGCUGCGGUACUACUACCGCGUCAACAUUCUGCGCAAGGUGCAGGGCGAGCGUCACUGCUACCAAUUUCUCCGCAACCCGACGGAGCUCAAGAGCAUCAAGAACAUUUCGCUGCUGCGCCAAACGAUGGCCAGCCAGAACGCCAACGGACAGUCGGCUGCUGCCGCCGCCGCCGCAGCCAGUGCUGCCAGCCAGCAUUCGCUAAUGUCUCUGCUGCCGAAUGGUGCUAACAUCCACCACUUGGCCGCCGCAGCCGUAGCUGCAGCCGCGUCUCACCAACAACAGCAGCAGCAACAACAACAGGCCAAUGGCCCUCUGUCUCCGUCCGCUCUACAUCAUCCCCACGUAACGUCAUCCGCUUCGGUACCCAGCUCCAACGGUCAGUCCACGAAUGGUGCUACCCAUCAUCCGACCAUCAAGAUGGAAACCGACAUCGACGAGCUGAAGCCAACCGACCUGAGUACCAGCGAUCGCAAGUACUACGGAACCGGUUCCAACGGAGUUGACUGCUACCCACUGAUCAGAAACGCCAACGGCCUGACCACCAUCCAGCUGUUACGCCAGCAGCAACAACAACAGCAAUCCCAACAGGCCCACGAUGCGGGUUCGCCACCAACCUCCCCCAGCCCACUCUCCCUCAACUCCCAAUCCCUGCACACCAUCAGCAACAACCUGCACCACUUGCACCAACAGCAGAUGCAGGCCCAAGCUGCGGCUGCCGCAGCCGUCGUCGCCGCGGCCGAAGCCCGCCACCGGGAAGAUCAGGAGGAGCAACGCCGGCACGAACACCUGGCCGCCGAGCACCACGACCGGGAACACCACGAGCGGAACGACCGAAGCCCGUCCCCAGCCAACGACCACCACCACCAGCAGCAGCACCAGCCACAACCGCCGCCGCAUCGCGGCAGUGACGACGAAAGCAUGAUGCCCACGGAUCUCAGCAAAUCCGACUCCAUGUACUACAAGUAAAAAAAGAGCUAACAGAGCUGGAAGAAGACAAUCAGGCACGCAGCCACACAAUAUUGCUAAGGGAGUGCGCGCGUGCGAUAGCUUGUGCUAACGGGCGAUCUCAGAUGGUGCCAUCCUUCCCAUUUCUUGGUAACAUACAGACGUUCCACCCCGCGCCUUCGCGCUCCUAGCUGUUGUGGCUGCGUUCGGUUGGUUGCGGCGACGCAGCCACGGCCAACUUGAUCGAGAAUCGGUAGCGACAAUCGCGCGCUGCUAGUUUCCGCUCAUGUUAAUCGUUGUUUAACAAAACAAUACAACUGUGUGAUAUGAACGACGAGAAAUUGAAGCGAGAUAAAAAAAUUAAUCAAAGGAAGAAAAAAAAUGUGCCAAUCGUUCUCAUUAUUGUUAACAUUCAGAGUUUAUUCGCCAGGUCGACUACACAAUCAUAGAGAUCGAGACAAAAAAAAGAGUAUCAAACCUUUCGAUAAUUGUACAGAGAUUGAGAAGCGA